AUGGAUUCAUGCCGUCAAACAUUUGGCUCUAAUAAAUAUGAUUUAAAUCGUUUAAGUGAAUUUACAUUGUUCGGAAGUGAUGAUGAAUACGAUUAUGCUUUUACGCCAUGUGCUAUUGUAAAACCCGAUGCAUGCCAUGGCCACACUGUUUCGAACGAAAUGAGCUGCCAAUAUGAUCGCUCUUUUCACAUGUGGUCUACGAUGUCAUUCAUAGAUAGUAAAUCACCAUGGCCUCCUAAUGCAAAUGCAUCAUAUACGGAAAAUCCAGAUGGACCAGGAACAGGUAUUCUAAUGACAACAACUAAUGGUGAUCCAUGUUUUGGAGUUACUCGUUAUAUGAGAAUUACAUUUAUCUGUGAUAAAACUAUUGAACAACCAGCAAAUAUGACUGUUGUAGAAUGGAUUAGAUGUGAUUUUCACGUUGAAGUGAGAGCUGCACAAGCUUGUCCUAUACAAUAA